CCACAAACCCCGGGGGAGGCUUUGUUCGUUUUCAAAGCAAGAACAUCAAACACUUCCUUGUUUGCAUCGGAAAACGAGGCCAACUUCUAAUCCAAUUCACCUACCAUGUGUAAAAAACGUAAACAAUUCGGGAAUGUUUAGUAGUUUAAUGGUUUAAAGUGAUAAUAUACUAGUGAGAAGAAGAUGCGUGCAGUUAUCCAACGUGUAGCAAAGGCAAGUGUUUCAGUUGAUGGGGAAUUGGUCAGUUCAAUUGGCAAGGGUCUUUGUGUUUUAAUUGGUAUAUCUGGUGAUGAUUCAUCAAAAGACGCUGACUACAUUGUGAGAAAAAUCCUGAACUUAAGAUUAUUUGAUGAAGGAGACAAAAGGUGGCGCAAAUCAGUAAAGGAUGAAGAUCUUGAAGUCCUUUGUGUUAGCCAGUUCACCUUAUAUAGCGUCUUAAAAGGAAACAAACCCGACUUUCAUAAAGCUAUGGAGGCCGAAAGAUCAAAACUGCUGUAUGAAGAGAUACUGGGAAAGUUAAGAAAAGACUACGCAGAAGAUAAAAUCAAAGAUGGACGAUUUGCAGCUUACAUGCAAGUAAGCAUUCAAAAUGAUGGACCAGUGACUAUAAACAUCGAAUCUCCAACGUCAUGAUUCGUUUCAAUGUCAAUUUUAAGAUGUUUUUUAAUAUUUUAUAGUGUGUUUUAAACGCAAAAUAGUAAAAA